AUGCCUGCCUUAUCGCCGACAAUGACCGAAGGGAAUAUUGCCAGCUGGAAAGUUAAAGAGGGGGAUGCGUUCUCAGCCGGUGACGUCCUUCUAGAGAUCGAGACGGACAAGGCGUCAAUGGACGUGGAAGCACAGGAUGACGGGGUUAUGGCAAAGAUAUUCCAAGGGGAUGGGGCCAAGGGAAUUAAGGUGGGAGCACGAAUUGGGGUUCUUGCGGAACCCGGGGAUGAUAUCAGCAGUUUGGAAAUACCAGCGGAAGACAACGGCGAUGCCCCGGCACCAAAGGAAGAAGCUUCCAAACCUGCUCAAGAGACAAAGCCACAGGCAGAGGCUCCUCCUACAUCUAAACCUUCCAGCCCGGCUUCUGGAAACCGCCCUGCUAAGAGUGCUUCCAAGCCGGCGGCGAAACAGACAUAUCCUUUGCUACCUUCCGUGCAGCAUCUGAUCCACGAAAAGGGACUCUCGGAAGCAGAUAUCGAUAAAAUGACACCCACUGGUCCAAAUAAUCGAUUGUUAAAGGGCGAUGUUCUGGCGUAUUUGGGAUCAAUCUCCCCAUCUUACCCUACGGAGCUAUCGGAGAAGAUCCUGAAGCUUAGCCACCUCGACCUUAGCAACAUUAAACUCGCACCACCCGCACCAGCGCCUACGAAGAAGUCCGAGCCGAUGCCAGAGCCAGUUAUUGAAGAUCGUGAGGUUGCAAUUCCGAUUUCCCUGACUUCCGUUAUCGAGGUCCAGCGACGGGUGCAGAAGUCACUUGGGAUAUUUUUGCCAUUGUCGACUUUCAUCGCUCGUGCUACGGACUUUGCGAAUGAUGAUUUACCCAGAUCGAAGAAUUAUAGGCCUUCAGCAGACGAGUUAUUCAACCAGGUACUGGGCCUUGACAAAGUUACUUCUGAAUCCGGUGCCAGGGGGAAUUUCUUCCCCCAGAUUACGGCACUGUCGGAGGCUGCUCCUGUGGCCAGGCCAGCCAAAGCCGCGGCAAAGGGUGCUGAUAUCCUCGACAUUCUCUCUGGAAAGGCAAAGCCAGUGCCAUCAUCUAGUGUAGCUGCCAAACAAUCGGCGGAUGUCUCGGCGGCAGUCAAUGUCUUUAGCGUUACAGUGCCAAAGGGUGAUGAGAAGCGAGCACAUAUAUUUCUAGACCGGGUGAAGGCCGUUCUGGAAGGAGAGCCAGGGAGGCUCAUCUUGUGA